ACACAAGAACCUUUAACUCUAAAGGCUUUUUGAGGCUCUCCUUCCCUUCCUCUUUCCCCCAUUUCACUCCCCAAAACUUCAACUUGUUUACAACCAAGUACCAAAAAGCCUCAGAAACUACUACAUACCAACUUAGAAAAAAAGAAGAAAAAAGAGUAGCUGAGAGAUGGAGAAGCUUAGGUGCAGCAAGUUCCUAGAGACUUCCAAGCCAUACUUUGCAAUGAUCUCAUUGCAGUUUGGGUAUGCUGGGAUGAACAUCAUUACCAAGGUCUCUCUCAACCAUGGCAUGAGCCACUAUGUCCUUGUGGUCUAUCGCCACGCCAUUGCCACCGCGGUCAUCGCUCCUUUCGCCCUCUUCUUCGAAAGGAAAGGGCAGCCCAAGAUCACCUUCCCCAUCUUCAUCCAGAUUUUCAUCCUCGGCCUUCUUGGACCCGUGAUAGACCAGAACUUCUACUACGCCGGGCUCAAGUACACAUCUCCAACUUUCUCCUGUGCAAUGAGCAACAUGCUCCCCGCCAUGACAUUUGUCAUGGCCGUCAUCUGCCGGAUGGAGAAGCUGGAAGUGAAGAAAGUGAGGACACAAGCCAAGCUGGUGGGAACACUUGUCACGGUGGCGGGUGCAAUGCUGAUGACGUUAUACAAAGGUCCAAUUGUGGAGAUGUUCUGGUCCAAAGCCCUGCAGCCUGUCGGAUCCGAUCAUGGCGCCACUGAUCAAUCCCAUGAAAGCAGUGACAAAGAUUGGUUCAAGGGUUCCAUUCUCCUUAUCCUCGCCACCCUCGCCUGGGCCUUUCUCUUUGUCUUGCAAACCAAAGCAUUGAAGACCUACAAGAACCACCAGUUGUCCCUGACUACACUGGUGUGCUUCAUGGGGACAGUCCAAGCAAUUGCAGUCACCUUUGUGAUGGAGCACGAUCCAUCCGCGUGGAAGAUUGGAUUCGACAUGAACCUCCUCGCUGCUGCCUAUGCUGGAAUUGUGACGUCGAGCAUUUCAUACUAUGUUCAAGGUCUGGUGAUCAAGAAGAAAGGGCCCGUUUUCGCUACGGCUUUCAGCCCCUUGAUGAUGAUCAUUGUGGCAAUCAUGGGAUCCUUCAUCUUGGCUGAGAAGAUAUUUCUUGGAGGAAUUGUGGGAUCGGCGUUGAUAGUGGUAGGACUCUACGCAGUGCUGUGGGGUAAGCAGAAGGAGAAAAUGAGCAUGGACGACGAUGAGAUUCUUGACCCGGUGAAGGGAUCAUCGGCGAUUAACUAUGGGAAUGGGAAUUCAGCGGUGGUGGCUGCUGCCAUUGAAGAUGUUGAAGCAAAUAAGGUAAUCGGCGAUGUGCAGAAGUCAGAAGGGAACCACAACAGCAAGCACAUUACGAUGAUUGCACCAAUUAGUAUGCCUUUGGCUGAUGAAGUCCCACUGGAGAAACUUAACCAAGAGAACGACAGAGCUUAGGAAAGAAAAGAGGAAAAGGACAAAAAACAGAACCAAAAAAAAAUCUCAAAAAAGAGAAAAAAUGAGGAGAAAUAUAAUAGAGUGGGCCUUUUUUUUUUUCCUUUUUUUUUUCCCCAGUUCCUUCCAUAUAUGAUAUAUCCCAACAUUUUGUUGUGAGCUCUUUUCUUUGGUUUCCAUUUUGCAACGACAUAAAAAAUAUGGUGCUUUUGGUAUGCAACUUUGUUUUCUUCUCCUUCUUUUCCAUUGUGCUAAAUAUAUACUACUAUGAUGUUAUGUAAGUGUAACUUUUGGUUAAUGAACGAAAAUCAUGAGAGAAUGAACGACUUAUCUCACUAUGGAA